GUCUGGAUGCCUGCAUAUGGCGUGCCAUCAGCACAAGCACAGACAGAACAAAGAGUGAAGGCAAUGGAUGCCCCAUUGUCCAUUCAUUACGAGCAGGAGGUACGACCAUGCAUUGAUCUCAUCGAUUCUCUGAGAGGAUUUGGUGUGGAUAAGGAUCUCGGACUUCCAGCCAUUGCAGUGAUUGGUGACCAGAGCUCUGGGAAGAGCUCAGUGUUGGAGGCGCUCUCAGGAGUGGCCUUUCCCAGAGGGAGUGGAAUUGUAACAAGAUGCCCACUUGAAUUGAAGUUAAGAAAUGUCAAAAAAGCAAAUUUUUGGCAGGGGAAAAUCAGCUACAGGGGUUAUUCGAACUACCUCAGUAGUGCAGCUGAGGUGGAACAAGAAAUCCUCAAAGCCCAGGACAGUAUUGCAGGGCCGGGAGUGGGAAUCAGCCACGAACUAAUCAGCCUCGAAGUUGAAUCCACCAAUGUUCCUGACCUGACUCUGAUAGAUCUGCCGGGUAUCGCCCGAGUCGCCGUUGGCAACCAGCCCCAAGAUAUCGGAGUCCAGACUAAGAGACUCAUUACAUCGUUUAUUCUGAAACAAGAGACAAUUAACCUUGUCGUCGUGCCUUGUAACGUCGACAUAGCAACCACAGAAGCACUGAAAAUGGCCCAGGAAGUGGACCCUUCUGGAGACAGAACUUUGGGUAUUUUGACCAAACCUGACCUGGUGGACAGAGGAACAGAGAAGAACGUAGUUGACAUUGUGAACAACCUGACAGUAGAGCUGGCGAAGGGAUACAUGAUCGUUAAGUGUCGUGGCCAGCACGACAUCAAUCAAAAUGUAACACUGGUGGACGCAAUCGCAAAGGAACAGGCAUUUUUUGAAGACCACGAACUAUUUGGACCACUUUUGGACGAAGGAAAGGCAGGCAUCUCAAAUUUGGCCGUUCGGCUUACAAAGGAACUUGUCAACCACAUUAUUAAAUCAUUGCCUCAGUUGCGAUAUGAAAUAGAAACCAAGCUGAACCAGUCGUUGCAAUCCCUCAAGAGGUACGGCAUCGCUGCCCCCACUUCUUACUCCGAGCAAAUAACAUUCUUAAUCGAGAAAAUCAACAGCUUCAGCAGCCACAUAAAAAUUCUGACCAUGGGGGAGGAACCUCAGGAGGUGGUAGAUGGCGAGAGGUACAUCACCGUAGUACGAAAUGAGUUUUGUGACUGGAACACAUUCCUGAACGAACGUGUAUCAAAAUUCCAAAAUCACAUGAAACAUAUAGUUCCCCAAUAUGAAAGCUCAUACCGUGGAAGAGAGCUGCCUGGGUUUAUCAACUACAGUACCUUUGAAUCCUUCAUUAAGAAAGAAGUCUCUGCACUGAAAGAUCCAGCUAUUACAAAACUGAAGACAAUCACAGAUAUCACAAGGAAUAUUUUUAUGGUCGUUGCCGAGCAACAUUUCAGUGCCUUUAGUAACCUGUCCAAAGCUGCCAAGGUCAUAAUCGCAAAUAUGAGCCACAAGCAAGAAACAGAAGCAGAGAGGCUGCUGCAGGCCCAGAUUAAGGUUGAGAGUGUGGUGUAUUGUCAAGACGGUAUCUACAAUAACAGCCUUUUUGAAGCAAAAGGCAAUUUGCCACAACCUUUGGCAUUUGGCAGCAUCCAAGAACUGUCGGAUCAUCUCCACGCAUAUUACAAGGUUGUCUCUCAUCGACUGGCUAACCAGAUCCCCAUGGUCAUACGCUGCUACAUUUUAAAUGAAUUUGCUGACAAACUCCAGACAGAGAUGCUUCAACUCAUCCAAGACAAGGAUUGCAUCAAUGAUUAUCUAAUGGAAGAUGAAGACACACAGAGGAAGAGAGAUGACCUCAAUCGCAAAAUAGACCGAUUGACAAAAGCCCAGAAGACAUUGCUUGAAUUUGGUUAAAUAAGCGUUGAACGAAGGUCACUGAAUACUGUAAAGAUAUGUUUAUAUUUUGUUUGCAAAUUUUUAUAUUUCUUGCCAACUUCCGCUCUUGAAGGGAUUGAAUCCUUACUACUGUUUAGUCUCGGAGUUCACAAUCAUUCUUUGAUACCAGCAGCCUUUAUUCCUGUUUAAUUGCAUGAUGACAAUCUAUCCACGGAUAGGUACAUGGAUAGGAUAGACUUAGAAGAAUAUGGGCCAAACCCAGGCAGGUGGAACUAGUGCAGAUGGGACCUCGGGUCAGCAUGGGCAAGUUGGGCUUGUUUCCACAUUCUUUGACUCUAUUUGUGAGUUAUAGGAAUUUACGGUACCUCCUCACUCAAUUUCCAUAUUUGUGAUCUUCCUCCUGGCUAAUGUCCUCUUUCCAAUCAAGGGAUAUAAGUCUGAAGAAGGGUCUCGACCCGAAACGUCGCCUAUUCCUUCUCUCCAUAGAUACUGCCUCACCCGCUGAGUUUUUCCAGCAUUUUUUGCCUACAAGGGUCAUAUUUGCUCCCAUCCCAUCCUGACUGAAAUUGGCUAACUGGAAAACAUGGAUUGAUUUUAAAUUGAAGGUAGACACAAAAUGCUGGAAUAAUUCAGCGGGACAUGCAGCAUCUCUGGAGAAAUAGAUAGGGAGACGAGACCCUUCGCCUGAGUUAUUCCAGUAUUUUGUGUCUUAUCUUUGGUGUAAACCAGCAUUUGCAAUUCCUUCCUACACAUAUUGAUUUUAAAUUGUCUGUAUAUUGAGCAGCUCGGUGUGAACUUGUUUAAGCUGUCAAGGAACCUUUAAUUGUCUUUUGAUGCAUCUUAUGAGGAAUCUCUUUGCUUAAUGGAUUGAGUUUAGUAACAAGAGAUUGAGUUUAUACAAGAUUGGCAAGAGAUUGAGUUUACACAAAGUUCCUGGCCCGAAACAUCUUCUGCCUUUUUCCACAGAUGCUGCCUGACCUGCUGAGUUCCUCCUGCACUUUGUUUUUACACUUAGCUAAUGUUCCCCGACAAUUAUAUUCCGUAUCAUGAUUUGGAUGUGAAAUUGGAAAUUAGAUUGUGAUUAGAUUUAAAUUAAUUCUAAUCACACUUUACAUUUUUUUAUCAUGUUUUAAAACAAAUUUGGAUUUGACUUGAAGCAAAUAGAUAAUUAUCCGAUAUAGCAUUCACAAGGAUACAGAGUGGAGUGGAAUUUAGUGUUUGAUACGAGUCAUUUUACAAUACUGGAGAGAUUUUGAGGAUCAAGAUUAUUAUUCUAUUUUUUACACCAAUACACUGUUCUUAACAAAAACCUACCUAUCAUAUGAAACCUUAUAAAUAACAGAUAUAAAUUAGAUAACUUCAAGACCGAAAGUCAAACAUUUUUUCAUGACAGGCAAAUUUUCAUUGUUUUACCACCAAUUUGGACACCAAAAGUGUGACAUUAAAAACUUUACCACAUUUAGUCAUUAAUAUUUAAUUCAUAAAUAAACUUCAUAUGGCCCCUCAUACAUACAUGUUUUGAGAAUGAUCUAGGGAAAUAUCUUCAUCAAUACCAGGAGAAAAAUACAGUAAUAUGUCCGGUAUUCCGCCUAGCAAAGAUCUGGUAACGGUCGUUGUGCUUGGUGUCCAUUGUCACAAUGACGGUUAUCGGGGUCGGUACCUCCGUAAGUUAAACCAUGGAGGCUCCAAACCUCUACUGUUUUUCACAAACCCCAACAAAGUAUCCUAUGGUAGUAUUGUUUUUUGGGCGUUAAUUAUUUUUUCUUAUAUUCAAAUGUAAUAUAUCAAAAACAUCAUGGUGUCA